AUGGAGUCCUGGUCAAGUGCCUCAACCGCUAUGUUGCACUUGCCCGCUUCUUUCUUAUCCGCCAAAUCUCAUGGCCUCGGUUCGGGAUCUACAACCCUGUUCGAAAAUGUUGAUAGGCAACCGUUUUGGGUGAUCAUUCAUAAAUCAGGAUUCGACCGUGAAAAUAAUCUCCAUUUUCUAGAAGCUUUUUACGAAGUUGCCACAUGUUUCGAAGGAUGUGAAGCGGAUGUAAGGUUAUUCAGCACGUGGAAAUCGAUUCCUGAUGUCUUAGAGACAAAAACGAAAUACUGGUCAAUGGUCAAGAACAGCAAGGACAGCAUCGGAAAUCCUGAUGACCUUUCGGCGUUUGUCUCUCCACCUCGAGGAACAACAGCACUGACACCAGGAAGCCCAAUGAUCAAUCCUUAUAUUACUAGUCGAAAUUCCGAUCACAGAAAAGUCCUGGUGCUAAAUUGA